AUGGAGAACUCGUCGGUGACAUCGGCCUCCUCGGAAGCGGGGAGCAGCCGCUCUCAGGAGAUUGAGGAGCUGGAACGUUUCAUUGACAGCUACGUCCUGGAGUACCAGGUCCAGGGGCUGCUGACGGAUAAAAUGGAGGGGGAUGGUGAGAGCAAGAAGAUGCAGUCCCAUGUCUCACAGUGGACAGCGGAUUGUAGCGAGCAGCUUGAUGGCAGCUGUUCUCCAUCCCAAGGGAAGGGCUUGUCGUCUCACAAACACAUUCAGAAUGGCAACAACGAGAGCUCACUCGACAUGCUGGGCACGGGCAUCUGGGCUGCCAACACCUUUGACUCCUUCAGUGGUGUGACAUGGGACUUGCAACCUGAAAAACUAGAUUUCACCCAAUUUCACAGGAAGCUGCGAAACACCUCCAAACACCCAUUGCCUCACAUAGACAGAAAAGGUCUUGGAAAAGGGAAAUAUGAGGAUGAUGACAGCAUCAACUUGAAUGACAUAGAGAAAGUCCUUCCAGUGUGGCAGUUUAAAAGUCCAAUUCCCCACCAGUCCUCCAUUCGCAGAUACAAGAAACUGUGGUUUAGACCACAGCUGUCCAGGCGACAGCAGAGACUUCCUGGUGGGAACAAGUCUCAGCAGCAGGCAGAUUAUCAGCAAGGUGGCACCAAACACAACAGGGAACACCAGAAACUCUACCAAGGAGGCCAGGCCCCUCACUCCUCAGGCAGGACAAGCCAUCACGGCUACAGCCAGAACUGGAGAUGGCACCACAACCAGAAGCACUCACCCAAUGACAAAGAAAUGCACAGAAACACCAAAGAGACUGAGAAUUUGAAAACUGAGGACACCUCCAUCUGCAUGGUGCAUAUUCCCAUGGAGACGCACCAAGGACCAGAGGCUAUGGAAAAGCAGUCUCAACAGCACAUCCAGGAUUCAGAGACUAAGUGGAAAGAAAGUAUUCAUGAGCGCAUUGGGGAAAGACCCAAGAUCAAUUUGCUUCAGUCUUCCAAAGACAGACUUCAGAGGAGACUAAAAGAAAAGGACGAAGUCACAAUGGAAACCACCAAUCCUGAAAAGAACAAAAUGGACAAAUUAAUUGAAAUCCUCAACAGCAUGAGGAACAACAGCAGUGAUGUUGACUCCAAGCUCACCACCUUCAUGGAGGAGGCUCAGAACUCUACCAACUCUGAGGAGAUGCUGGGGGAGAUAGUCAAGACCAUCUACCAGAAAGCGGUGACAGACCGCAGCUUUGCUUCCACAGCAGCCAAGCUCUGUGACAAAAUGGCGCUCUUCAUGGUGGAAGGAACCAAAUUCCGGAGUCUGCUCCUCAACAUGUUGCAGAAGGAUUUCACCAUGCGGGAGGAGUUGCAGCAACAGGACGUGGAGCGCUGGCUGGGGUUCAUCACCUUUCUCUGCGAAGUCUUCAGCACCAUGAGAAGCAGCACUAGAGAGCCCUUUCGAGUCCUUGUCUGCCCCAUUUAUACCUGCCUCAGGGAGUUGUUGCAAUCUCAGAAUGUGAAGGAAGACGCUGUGCUUUGCUGCUCCAUGGAGCUGCAGAGCACCGGCCGGCUGCUGGAGGAGCAGCUUCCUGAGAUGAUGACAGAGCUGUUGGCGACAGUACGUGACAAGAUGCUGUGUCCCUCCGAGUCCAUGCUGACGCGGUCCCUGCUGCUGGAGGUCAUUGAACUGCACGCCAACAACUGGAACCCCCUGACACCCACCAUCACGCAGUACUACAACAAGACCAUCCAAAAACUGACGGCUUGA